AUGAAAGCCAUCCAAAUCCUAGGCGACAUUUCCUCGCCCGAAAUUACCACAAACCGCUCAAUGACCAAACCGGUUCCCAAAAACUCGGAACUUCUCGUCGCGGUCCACGCUGCCGGAAUAACCGGUGACGAAAUCAUCUGGCCGGAGCCAUACGCCACUCCAACCCGGAUCCCGGGACACGACAUCUCAGGCGUGAUCUCCUCCACUGGACCAGAGUACCAAGGCCCACUACAAAUCGGCCAAGAAGUCUAUGCUUACCUCGGGGCGGAUCAAGGCCAAGGCCAAGCGGAUUAUGUGAUAUGUCUGCCGAGCGAAGUUGCGCUAAAACCGACAAAACUCUCUCAUGCGGAAGCAGCCGCGCUGCCUAUCCCGCUUCUUACGGCUUGGGAAGCACUUUUCGAUCAUGGAGCACUGAAAGCUGGAAUGAAGGUUCUUGUGACAGGCGCUUCGGGGGCAGUUGGUACAUUUGCUAUUCAGUUCGCAGCACAGACGCUCGGUGUGCAUGUUAUUGCGCUGGCUUCGUCUCGGAAUCAUGAAAUGCUGAGACGGCUUGGUGCGAGUGAGGUUCAUGACUAUGGAAUCACCGAUUGGGAAAAGCACAUUGCCGACGUGGAUGUGGUUUUCGAUACGGUUGGAGGUGAUGUCUUGAAAAAGACUUGGAAUUGCGUCAAGGAUGACGGGGUUAUUGUGACCGUUGGGGAUCCUGCGCCUGCGUGGGCAUUCGGACAAGGCCAGGCCGAAGAAUCUGCUGAUCAUCCGAAUGUGCGAUAUGUGCAUUUUAUCGUGUCUCCGAAUGCGGAGAUACUAGGGAAGGCAGGGGAAAUGAUUGACUCCGGUUCCCUGGAGAAAUUUGCAGUCAAAACUUUUCCAUUUGAUGAAGCGAAAACAGCGUGGGAUCACGCUCAGCGGAGGAAUCGUGGAUAUAAGGUGGUUAUUGACUUUAUUGAGAAUAGCGCUUCGAAUUGUUAA